CCGCCCCGCCCGGGGUGCCUAAAGCGACGUGUCCUUGUCCCCCGUGGGCAGCCCCAGCGCGUGCGGCCGCGGAUCCCCAGCUCCAAAGGCCCGCUUCCUCUGAGAGCCACCACCUGCAGGACAACUAGUCUGGAGCCAUGAAGACCAAGAGUCGGCCACCCCGGCGCCGGGCACCUCCGCAAGACCCAGAAGCCACCCCAGGGGAGCGGACGCCCGACAGGCCACCGCCGGGUUCGGGUGGGCCGGACGCGACCAAGGCUCUGCGGAGCCGGAUGGCGCGGGCUCAGGGGGCGCGGGCGGAGGGCGGGCGCCGGCGGCCGGGGCCGGGGGGCCGGCGGGAGAGCAGCGUCCAGCGGCGGCUGGAGAGCAACGAGCGGGAGCGACAGCGCAUGCACAAGCUGAACAACGCCUUCCAGGCGCUGCGCGAGGUCAUCCCACACGUGCGCGCCGACAAGAAGCUCUCCAAAAUCGAGACCCUCACACUGGCCAAGAACUACAUCAAGUCGCUGACCGCCACCAUCCUGACCAUGUCCAGCGGCCGCCUCCCGGGCCUGGACGGGCCGGGCCCCAAGCUCUACCAGCACUAUCAGCAGCAGCAGCAGGCUGCCGGGGGCACGCUCGUAGCCGCCGAGGCGCCACCCGAGGGCCACCUGCAGAAAUACUCCACCCAGAUCCACAACUUCCGCGAGGGCUCCUAGCGUGCUGCCCGGGCCCGGGGCCCUCCACGCCCAGGGCUCGGGGCCCCCGAUGCUUAGUGCCUCCCCGGACCCGCGCCAGCCCCCCAGGACAAGGCUGGGUGAAUCGUGGCCUGGUCCAGGCCGCCACUCUGGACAUCACGAGGCCCAAAGCUCCUCCAGGUCCCAGGACCCGCUUUUUCAUCUUGUAGGCAGGAGCGGGCUGGCCUUGGUCACUGAAUCCUCAUCACUCCCGCUCUCCCCAGGCAAAGGGAGAUUCCAUGUACAGGGUGGCUUGGGUAAGUUCCCCAGUUACUGCUGAGACCAGGGGCCCAGGGAGGGGGUUUCCCCCGACCCACACCACAGCCUCUGCAUUCUGGGUAAACUGAGGCACGGAGCAAACACAGUGCAUGACCUAGAGGGGACUGGGGCUGCAUGGAGGUGCUCGGAGCCUCUCGUUCAGCGUCUGCCAGGUGGAAGCCCUUCAGGUUCCUUCCCGCUGAUUCUAAAGGGAGCCUGUCUGGCUAGAGGGCCGGGGGUCUCUGCUCCCUCCUCCCAGGUGGGGGCUCCUGACUGUGGAGGGUCUGCGGCCAGCAGGGUGCUGAGGGCUCUGGAGACAGGGCCAGGUGGGAGAGCAGAGACAGAGGCUGCUCAGGCCUUGUUUCCCCGGAGCGGUCGGGGGUCUCCCCCUGCAGGUGGAGGGUCUGUCCCCCCGCCUCCUUCAGGGUCCCCCCAGGUCUGCCGCUCGCUGUUGAAUCUGUGGUCCUGUCUAUGGCAGACAGGGGUCUGGGCAGACAGAGGUCUGACAGACUUCAGGAUAUUCCUGGGUCCUGGCUGUGCUUGGGGGCCCGUGCGGGGCCGCGGGGCUCCCCUCCCCCGCCGGGUGCUCCUCAAAGGUGGGCCUGGGUGGCCUGGCAGAUCUUGGCCGCCUCGGGCCAUGCUUCCUCCUGUGGUGUUCCUGCCCCGCCGGCCCUGAGGGCCUGGGUGACUCUGCUCUCAGCCCUGGCAGCUCGUCUCCCCUGUCUGGUUGCCCAGGGCCAGCCUGGGGAGGGGACGGGGCGGCCCUCAGGCGGGCGCCCCACCCACAGGGGCUGCAGAAAGGCUGGAGCUGGCCUAGAGCCCCCGGGGGCCAGGCUGCUUGUGGGCACUGUGGGUAGGGGCUGAGCCUAGCUAGGGGUGGGGCGGCCACAGCCCAGGACCCCUCACCGAUGGACGGGAUCAGCCUCCCAGCCCUGACUGUCCGGGCCCCAGCCGCUUCAUGUCCUGCCCGUCUUGGCAUCAGCCCUGGGUGCGUCAAGGGCAUCAGGUGGUGCCCCUGGAAACAGCCAUUAGGGGCUUCAGUCCCAAUUUUCCAGGUCAUCCACCAGCUGGACACCCCCAUCCCGGCCCCGCCGCCUGGCCACUGCUGGGCCCCAGGGCCAGGCCCUCUGGAAGGCCCGCCCGGGGAGGCCUGGUCCAGCCCUGGCCACUUGCCCCAGCCGACCUUCAGCACAGGUGAGGAUGGACCCCAGGUGCACCUGGCUUGUCCCCCAGGGGAGGCCACUCAGGAAGGUCAGUGGUCAGGGGGUCCACCAGUGCGUGCUGACGUCAAGGGCGACUGCAAGCUGGGGACAGAUGGGGCCCCUGUGCCCCUGCUGUGGGCGGCGGGGCCGCCUGGAACACGGGACGGGGAGAACCACAAGCCUAGAGGCUCUUUUCUGGCUGAGGAGGCCAGGGCGGGCUCAGCUGGUCCCUGAACUUGCUGAAUGAGCCAGAGACUGAGCCAAAAGCACGGGGGUGGGGGCAGCCCAGCAGAGGCUCCAUCCAGGAGGUCACACCUGGUGACCAGGGGUCUGUGGGUUACCACCUUGCAGGGCGAGAGCCUUUGUGACUCUCUCCCAAACUGGCAUCUGCUUCCCAGAGGGUCUCCAGGGCCCUGUCGUCUCCUCCGAGGGCAGAGCGCACCUGCCUGCCCCGUGGCCAUGUCACAAAGGGGCCCGGAAGGUCCCGGUCCAGAUUCGGACUGUUGAAUAUGGGGAGGGGGCUGGGCGAGCCUGCUGGUGGGUCUGCUCCGUCGACCCUCAACUUGGACUCCAAGCCCAGGCUGAACCUGCGAGGACACCUGGCCUGGCCCUCCCAGGCUGUUUCCUGACAUGGGAGUGUCACGCGUUCUGAGCCAGGGGCCGGCACCUGGGGCCACAGACCCGCCGGCAGACCAGACCUACGUGAGCCCGGGGCGCAGAGAAUCCAGAACUACAGCUUGCAGUGGGGAAAACCUACCUGGGACUGAACGGCCAGUGGCCCCGCUGUAGUCAUGGUGAAAAUGUUUCUUAAAUGACCCCAGUUUGCUUUCAUUUUUCUUAAUGGCCUCUUCAGAUACUAAUGAAGCCAAAAUAAAUGGUCCCAUGGGGUGA